CCCAGUCUGCCCAGCCCGACGCCGCCGCCGACCGCGGCCCCGACCGAGCAGGCGCCGCGGGCCAAGGGCCACCCGAGACGGUCCCCAGAGAGCCACCGGAGGAGCAACUCACCUGAGCGCCGGAGCCCCGGCUCGCCCGUGUGCAGAGGUAGCGAGCCCAACCCUUGCGUCCUCCCGGGCUGCGUCUCCCCGACGGUGCCCUCUGUGGAAACUUCAGCCUCUCCGGGCUUCUCUUUGCUAGUGCAUUAUCGAAGCUGGAAGCAGAGAAUCUAGCAGAGGACUCCAACCAAGGCCCUGGAGGAAUGGUGGAGCCAUAAGAUGAAGGAAGUCUGAAUCCCUGAAUGAUCGUAUAGAAGGCCAUCUGUCAGCCAGGAAGAUACACAUUGGGUUUUUAUUGUGAUAAGCCACGAAUUUUAAAAAAUGGUAGCUGUUAGCAUUAGCAACUUUACUGCACCUAACAGUUUAAAGAAAGGUGGUCUACCAGCUGCUACUACUGGAGCCGCUUUGAAAAUUCACCCUGGGAGUCUCACUCUUACCUCGUGUGAUCCAUCACAUAGAGUGGACAGGCCAAAAUCUCAUCAAGUUCGAACCUCUGGUACAAUAAGGCGAACCUCUUCUUUGGAUACGAUAACAGGACCUUAUCUCACAGGACAGUGGCCACGAGAUCCUCAUGUUCAUUACCCUUCAUGCAUGAAAGAUAAAGCUACUCAGAGUGGACAGGCCAAAAUCUCAUCAAGUUCGAACCUCUGGUACAAUAAGGCGAACCUCUUCUUUGGAUACGAUAACAGGACCUUAUCUCACAGGACAGUGGCCACGAGAUCCUCAUGUUCAUUACCCUUCAUGCAUGAAAGAUAAAGCUACUCAGGUAAAAUAAGCAAAUCAAAAUCAGUUUUAUUAUCCUGCAGUUCUUCUAUUUUGAUCACAGUAAAGAAAAUUAAUUUAAUCAAAUUUUCCCAGUUAUUAAAUAUAUUCAACCAAAGAAGAAAGCCAUUUCUUUUAAUAAACUUUAGACUAAGUAUUUUUAUCAUCUCGGUUUUGAAAGUUUUUAAAUUAUUUAAUAUUUAAUAAAUAGCACAUCAGUCUACAUUGUGUGGUUUUUGAGACUUAUAGUUUUAGGAAUUAUUUUCCUACAGAAAUUAAUGACUAGUAACUGUAUUAGAAAAUACAGGCAUAUCUCGUUUUACUGUGCUUUGCUUUACUAUGCUUCUCAGAUAUUGUGUUUUUUUACAAAUUGAAGGUUUUUGGCAAUCUUGCAUGGAGCAAGUCUAUCGGCGUCCUUUUUCCAACAGCAUUUGCUCACUUUAUGUCUCUCGGUCACAUUCUGGCAAUUCUUUAAAUAUUUCAAACUUUUUCAUUAUUAUUAUAUUUGUUAUGGUGAUCCAUCCUCAAUGAUCUUUUUUGUUACUAUUGUAAAAAGAUUAUGACUUGCUGAAGGCUCAGAUGAUGAUUAGCAUUUUUUAGCAAUAAAGUAUUUUUAAUUAAGGUAUGUAUAUUGUUUUUUUAGGAUGUAAUGCCUUUGAACACUUUAAUAGACUACAGUAAUAGUAUAAACAUAAAUUUUAUAUGCACUGGGAAACCAAAAAUUUGUGUGACUCUCUUUAUUGCGAUAUUUGCUUUAUUGUGGUGGUCUGGAACCAAACCUGCAGUA